AUGGCGAACGCACCCCCAGCUCCACCUGCCCUGCCGGCUCCUCCGGCACCACCUUCUCCGCCGGCUCCUCCCGCACCUCCUGCUCCGCCGUCGCCUCCCGUGCCCCCUUUCCCUUACCCCUUCGAACCUGUGAAGGGCGAAGAGGAGCUUCUUGGGCAGAUAGAGCCUGACGCGUCUUCAACCGAUGACGAGGGGAGUGACGGCGCCGCAGCGACCGGUGAAAACCUUACCUUUCCUCUGCCCCAGUUCCCCACUGAUGUGCUGCGCGAUGUCGACCCUGCCGCUGUCUCUCGUGAUGCUGUAACCCCCAAUUCCCAGAACAGGCCUAACCAGCACAAGCGCCACGCUCGCACCAUGGCAGAGAAGACUGGUUGGCUUGUGAGGAUGAAGGAUAAUAUUCUCACGGUGCGCGAAACUGCACGGCUGGCUGGCGUUCAACCCGUGAGCAUCCGCCGCUGGAAGAAGGCGGCUGAAGAGAUGGCAGCGGCGGCAGGCAGUCGUCUGCGGCUUUCUGGUGGCGGACGGACAGCUCGCUACCCUGACAUGGAGCUGUCAGUGUACAAGCAGUUCCUCGCCUACAGGUCACGGGGAUUGGCGGUCCCGAUUAAGCUGCUGCAGACAUGGAGCCGGAUCUCGAUGAAGCUCCGCCACCCUCAGGUCGACUGGCGCGCAUCUCCUCGCUGGACGGUCAGAUUUCGCAAGCGCUGGGGCCUCACCGAUCACUUGAUUCUCGCGCACAUGCGCGAUGGGGCUCAAGUGGAGGUGCACGACGACGUGCACGCGGCGGGGGAGGUUGAGGAGUGGAUCAACCCCAUGUACGCCACUGCCGCGGAGGAGGCCGCGGAGGAGGAGGAGGAGGAGGAGGAGGAGGAGGAGGAGGAGGAGGAGGAGGAGGAGGAGGAGGAGGAGGAGGAGGAGGAGGAGGAGGAGGAGGAGGUGGACGAGGAGGCACCUGUGGAGGAGGAGGAAGCUAUGGAGGAGGAGGACGGCGAGGACAGUGAGGAGGAGUAG